AACAAAUAAUCUCCACCAGUGACCCGACAGAUCUAACGUCGGAGGCUAGGGAACAGUCAGGAUCACGCUCAGCACCCCCUCCAAAUAAGAGACCUCACAACGUGGAAUCCACCCCGUUGCCUGGUCCAAGCUCACCCACCUAUCCGAAUAAGAGACGGCAUGAGGACAGAUCCAGGCCGUUGCUACGACCUAUCUCGGUAGUCCCUCCAAAGAAGAGGUGUCACGAUAGUGGAUCGAGUCCUGUACCCCAUGUAGUAAUAAAUUCAGAUCAACGCAUUGGUACCAGCGACGACGUAACAACGUGGAUGGACUCGCAAGUGAAUGCGUGGGACUCUUCAUCUUUUACCAGUGAUCGAGACGAUCCGUGGACAGUGAGAGGUAGACAAACUCCAUAUUCAUUUCGCGAAGCGUCUGAAGGAGAAGAGGGAGACGACGAAGGAGAAGAGGGAGGUGAAGGAGAAGAAGAGGGUGACGAAGAAGAGGAGGAAGAGCGCGGGGAUACCCCUAGGAAUCACGAGCAUGCUGACAAAAUAGACGUGCUCACCGCUGCUUUUAACAAUUUUGUUACCGUCUUCAACGAAGAACGUACCAGAGCAGCGGAGGAACGUGCCAGAGCAGCAGAGGAACGUGCCAGAGCAGCAGAGGAACGUGCCAGGGCGGCAGAGGCGCGUGACAGAUCGGCACGGGAGAUAGGAUUUCUUCACCACAGACUGGACUUGUUGGAAGCUCAUCGUGAACAGGAAAACGAGAGAUCAGCAGGCGAAUUUGCUGCGCUGUACAAUAGGUUUGAUGGACACGGUGCCGUACUGCAUGAAAUAAUAGACAUUAUCCAAAGAAUGCAGAGAAAUGCUGACGAGCAUUAUGCCCGAGUUGAAAGAUCAGAAAUUGAACAGAUGCGAGAGAGGCAAUUAAUUGUGAGUCUGCUUAGCGCCGUAGUCGCUACACCCCACCGAAGAUAGAUACACGUACGUGAUUCGUAAUACAUUACAGUUCAGCAGUAUAUCUCAUUUGAUUAUACAUGGAAAUGUAAUGUCAUUAUUCUCAACUGCUGUAAUGAUGUAUGCCUUACCGCUUUUGAAUGCUUGUUUUUCACAAUAUUACAUAUUGUGUUUGUUACUUUUGAUCUAAAAAAUAAAAAAUAAAAAUGGAUACAGAGAGCUGUUUUUCCGCAGCUGCGACACAUAGCAGUCAUCCAGACCAAACUCUCUCAGACGUGUUACAAAGUCUGCUUGAAACCUAUGCUGCGAGUACCCAAAACACGUGCGACAGAUUGCAGCAAUUGCUAGACAUGUAUUCUGACCAUGUAGAAUUGUCUUUUGUCAAUGAUGCACCGAUGCAUCAGACUUCAAAUUUGGAACGUUUAAAAGCUGCGAUCGAACGGUAUCCGAAUAUUAAUUUGUCAGAACGGUUACAGGAAUUAUUAAACAUAAUACAAGAUGGCGGGGGAAUAAAUAAUAGACAUGGCAUGAUAUUUAAUGCUGAGCCUAAUGUUGACAAUCAGCCAACGUCUAGCAUCGCGGCUCUCCCUACAGAUACUGUCGGAUCGGUAAACAAUACAAUAUCAUCCGAUCAACCUGCGGGUACGUCAGCGCUACCGCGUUCAGACAUUGAUACGCUGAUUCGGGAGGGCGGUCUGAUUAACGGCUAUCAUGUUUUACCGCGACCACGUUUCAAUAGCGUGCAAUUGCGACGGGUCAUGAAUCUGAGGGAGAUUAACUCUACAGAUUUGGCGGCGUACCACAUUUUUUUGCACGAUGCUUUUGACGAAAUAGUCUCCCAUGCUCGAGAUAUUGGUGGUGAGGCAUGUGUAAUCAAUUUAACCCUUUCAGCCCCUACGCUAAAAUCACCAGUUUCUGCAGUUUUAACAGAUGGAAAUAAUUACUCCGUCAACAUAUUUACCGACCAAAUUGAAAAGGUUGGUAACGCUUUACUUGAA